GAACACGUGAAUGCAGCACAGCUACUUGGCAAACAUGGCGGCGCCCAUAAGUGGCAGAUGUGGCUUUUUUGUGGAGAAAAAGAAACGCUUUUGUAAAAUGGUCGUCGCCAAAGGUAGAAGGUUCUGCGGGGAACACGCGACCAUGGAAGAAGGCGGCAGCAGGAGAAUCGUUUGCCCUCUCGACCACAAACACACGGUCAGUGAAGACAAACUGGACAAACACUUGAAGAAAUGCAACUCCAGAGACAAACCAAAACCUCUCUAUUAUGUCGAAAACAUCAACGCUGGCUCCGCUGACCAAGACCAGCACAGCCCCCAACAGGUGAGUCUGUGUGAAAGAACGACGACUCAGUUAAGACAUCUGUUGGACACACUGAAGACUGCUACAAAAGGGCUCGACUGUGAGCUGGAAGAACACUUCCUGUCUCAUCCUGUUUUCCAAGAGGAACUCAAUAACCCCAAAAAUGGAGACUCCGCCCACAAACAUUUGAAACAGCAGUCCUCCAUCAUAGCCCAUCUGGAGUUACUGGGUUUACUGGGACGUGGGCGGUGCUUUGUGGAGUUUGGAGCGGGCCGAGGGAAACUUUCCCACUGGAUCCACGAAGCUUUGAAGACCACUGACCAGCCGUCAGCCUUAGAUGACCUGCAACUGCUUUUGGUGGAACGAAGCAGCACCCGCUUCAAGGUGGACGGGAAGCAUCAGGAUGCCAGCGUGGACUUUGCCAGGCUGCAGAUCGAUAUUCAGCACCUGGAUUUGAGCAAAGUUCCGCUGCUCGAACGUCGGCUGCCACUCGUCGGAGUCGGGAAACAUUUAUGUGGAGCAGCGACAGAUCUCGCUCUUCGCUGUUUGCUGGAAACAUCAGCGCCUCAACAUGAACCGCCAAGAAAACGCCUCAAAAUGUCACCUGACUCGGUAGCAGAUGACAGGCCUGCUCCCUGUCAGUCCUCCAGUCCUGAGCCGGUAUUGGGUCUGGCAGUGGCGCUGUGCUGUCACCAUCGCUGCGAGUGGCGUCAUUAUGUCGGUCAACAGUUCUUCCUGGACUUGGGUCUGGGUCCCGCAGAGUUCUCAGGAUUCUGUCGCAUGUCUAGCUGGGCCACGUGUGGCCUUCGAGCAGCCACUCAGAGAGCAGAUGAAGACCACGAGCCGAUAGAGGAGACGGAUGAUGUGCUUGGGUUUCUGUCACCAGUUGAGCGUGAGCAAGUAGGACGACUCUGCAAACUUCUGAUUGACAGCGGUAGAAUUCACUUCCUCCGCAGCAAAGGAUUCCACGGGCAACUCAUUCGUUACGUCGGGAGUCACGUGACCCUGGAAAAUGUCCUGCUGACGGCCACACCCUCCUCCUGACUUGAUCUGAUGUCCGACUUUAUGCAAAUAAAAACAAACUUUCCCAUCACCCGUGUGUCAUGUGGAACAACAUUAGUCACUUGGCUUGGACGAGGGAUUGGAUGAAUUUCGGGGGGUCAGCAAGCGACUCUGUGCACGUUGAGUGCAGCAUGCGCUCUCUUCCGGGUCUCCUGGAUGUACAUCACCAUGAAGUCUCGUCCAAACAUCUCACGGUCGUCGUCUUCAGAUACCAUCGUGGCGGACAUGUUGACCUCCAGUGUCAGUGGAUUGUCCCGGAAGUUGACAAACCUGUUACAGCAAAAAGAGCAGGAAGUCUUUUUAGUUUCACCUUUGUGUUCUGUGAUGGAGGGACACCAUAGCGAUGGCGUCCACACGUGGAGCGGGAACUACAUACGGACCUGAGGUUGGACAUGUCCUCCAUCAUGGGCGGAAUGUCGCUCAGUCUGUUGCUGCUCAGAACCAGUGUAUCCAGACUGGGCAUUCUGCUGAUGUUCUCUGGAAGUUUCUCCAGCUGGUUCCUCUGCAGCCACAACGUGUGUAGAUUCUCCAUCCUGACCACAGCAAGCGCUACGUUUUUCAAGUUGCACAGAGGAGGUGGAGCAUAGCGGCACCCUUCAGUUACCUGUUGAUGUCUUCGGGUAAGCAGUGUAGACAGUUACCCGCCAUGUCGAGCCAUUCCAGUGCUGGCAUGCGCAGCAGGCAAGGCGGCAUGAAGCUGAACUGGUUCAUGGACAAGUCCAGAUGCUGCAAGCACCUCAGCUUGCUGAGCUGGACGGGUGACAGAAGCACGUCAGCUGACGUCAGCCUCACGCAGCUGAACAUAACUGGUGUGACACAACAGAUCACCAUGCCACAAACUGGUACAAAGUGCUUGUGAAAGGUUGGGUUGAAGAACCAAUCCAAUACGGGCCUACAAAGAUCUACAAAAGAGAGAAGAAAAACACUUACUUGGUCUGGAAGCUGUUGGAGGUCCCGGUUCAUUGCCAGUUCUAAUCUCUCCAGACUCUCACAGUUGCUGAGUUCCUCUGGAACAAACUGGACUCUGUUGUAGCUGAGCAGCAGUUCUCUGAGCUGCGUCAGUGUGCCUGAGGACAUCACAACACAAUGCGGAGCUUUUCAUAUUAUUCUGUCAUUUAUUCGGUAUCUCUGGCUUAAGACUGACCAAUCUGUUUUGGGACCUCCGUGACCCCAUUCCGAGACAAAUCCAGGACCAGAAGGUUCUGGAAGGAGGAGAUGAAGUUGGGGAUCUUCUGCAGUCCGCAGCGAUGAAUGUGCCACUCCUGCACCUGAUUCAGCUGGACCAGACAGCCCGGCAGUGCCUGGACCAAGCACAACAUUGCAUAGUCAGCGGGUCAAAGGUCGAAAGCCACAACGUCACCUUCCACUCCUCAUGCUCUAAGCGUAGAACCAGUCUGCCGUCUUCAGUCGUCAGUUUUUCUUUGAGGCGAGCCAGAGUCUCCCGGUCCUCCCAAAUGCCGACGCUCAACCUGAACGGGAGGCCGGAAUCACGUUUGUCAGUUCUGCGGCCUCUAGAACCUGACUCAUUCGUACACAGCUAAAGUGCAAACAUGUCUUCAUCCGUAGCCGUAGUCCAACCUGCCACGCGGCUUCUUGCUCUGCUGCUCCCAGCUGUCCCGAACAUUCCGUAUCUUGGUCUCCCACAAAGCUUUCAUGGAACUGACCGAGCCGCACUCCACAAUGGCCGUCAUGGCCGCCGUCUGCUUUGUGGCUCUCUGACCCCCUCGCUCCUGCCAUCACGCACCUCGUCCCAUCAUAAAAUGUCAGCUGGUGUGUGAUGUCAUUUACCUUGAAGACCAAUCAAUUAAUCCAGUGCUUCUCAAACAGUGGGGCAGGUUCCCCCUGGGGGCUGGGGUAAAUUUUCAAGGGGAGUGAGGGGCAGGGAGCACUUUCAAUGUUCAUGCAGACCUGCAAACAUGUACAAAUGUAUCAUAGUCAGCAUGCAGUUUGACUGUUGAAUACGCUUGUAUGCAUCACAGCUCUCCAUUUUUUUUACUGGUUUCAGUUUCGGGUUCAGGCUGUACAGUACAGAUAGCAGUUUCUCAAUAGUAUUUAAAAUCAGGGGGGCAUGACAGAACGUAACGUAAUUGAGAACCACCGAGUGAAUCAGUAGAUAGUUUACUGCUGAGAUACUAGAACCAAGGUGUCGUGGUAGCGGUUAGCAUAGCGGUAUACAGCAUAGUGGUUAAAGUAGUACUUGGCAGUAUUUUACUAUGUAGUGAUUCAUGUGCCAAACAUAGUACGUAUUAGUAUACAGCAGUAGUAAAUGACCAUAGUAGGGAUUAUUAUUUUCCAGCAUUACGAUCCUCACCUCUUGUUGCCUGUGUUCUGCAACUGAAAUUUGACCUCAGACCUGCUGGAUAAAUUUAGCUGAGAGGUGACGUUACCUCUGAUUGACUUGCAGUUGUGUCAGUGUUCCAGCAGAUGGAGACAGAGCACAGCUGAGUCGUUACUAGUAGUAGAAGUAUGAGGUGGGCUUCAGUGACAGACAGAUCAAAUAAUAUCGAUUAGAUUUUAUUUUCCCCUACGAAACCAAUAGGAUUGACAAAGAAACAAAAAAAACACACACAAGAAAGUCAUCAAACGCCACUGGAAAGGUUCUGAAACUGGUCAAAAAUACAGAAUAAAUGUGUACUACAUGGGGCAGAAGACCACCACCGUGAUGAUGAUGAUGAGGUGGUAACAGCAAAGGUUCAAUAACGAUCCCCUUCAUCAUUAUCUUCAUCUUUAAAAUGUACAAAAGCUCAGAGGUGGGAGUCGUGUGGCUACAUCUGUGGUACUGUGCUUGAUGGUCAUGUGAUCCAAGUCUCAGACCUGCAGUGGUGGGUCAUGUGAUCACAGCCCUCUAGGAAACCACCUCAAACAAGAGCUAGCCUCUUCAGCUCAGCACCCCACCCAAAGGCCGCAAAAGAGAAUGAAGAUCUGCCGCAGGAAGAGGGCAGAGAGCCGGGCUUUAUUUGAGGUCCAGUAGCAUGCUAGCCGGGUUCUGCAGAUAGUCCCUCCACAUGUUGGAGAAGCGACACAUGGUUGCACCGUCAAUGAUGCGAUGAUCCGCAGACCAGCUGACAUUCAUAAUGUGAGCGCGAAUCACAUGACCGGCGGCAUCGAAGCGUGGGAGAAUCUGAAAAAAAAGAAAGAGGAAGUAACGACACCGCACAGCGUGGACGACGAGACGGACGCACCUGAAUUUUCCCCAGAGCUCCGAUGGCAACCUCUGGAGGAAGAAUCACCGGUUUGGCGUACGUCCCUCCAAUCUAUCCCAAACACACGCCAUGUCAGUAUGUGAACAUCCUAAGCACCAUGAGGUACCAUCAGAACUCACCGAUCCAAUGUUGGACAAGCUGAAGGUGCCUCCGCUCAGGUCGGUCGUUCCCAACUGACCAGCAGCACCGAGCGCCUGGAGGCGGUUGACUUCCUGCGCAAUGUCAAAGACACUGAGAAGCUGCACGUUCUUCACAUUGGGAACCAGCAGGCCCAGGCUGGUAUCCAUGGCGACGCCAAUGUUAUGAGACGCCUGCCGCACAGAACACAAUGUGCUAAAAAACCUUCUCUUGGACAGAGUAGCGCUAACUAACACUAGCUUAAAUACCACACUGCCUCACCUUGUAUGUGAUGUUCUGGCAGCCCUCGUCCAAUGAGGAGUUGAGGAUGGGAAAGUGGGCAAGGCUGAGGGAGGCGGCCUGAGCCAAUGAGAGGACAAUGUUAAUAUGUUCAUGUUAAAUCCUCCAAUCUUCUCUGGCGAAGAAGGCACAGCAGUGCCUGCACUUCCUGCGGCGAAUGAGAAGACUCUCUCUCCCCUCUACUGUCCUAACCACCUUCUACAGAGGGACCAUCGAGAGCCUGCUGACCGACUGCAUAAUGGGGGGGUGCAGGUUCUCAGACUGGAUGUCGCUGCAGAGAAGAUCAUCGGGACCCCGCUACCUCUCAUCCAAGACAUAGCAGACAGCCACUGCCUAUACAGGGCCCACCGGAUCCUCUCUGACCCCCCCUGACCCCCAGCAUGGACUGUACUCCAGUCUGGCAUCUGGCAGAAGGUCAGUCAAAGUCAGAAACAAUGACUUCCCCCUGCCCAUUAGACUGCUCAAUGCCAAAUAACCCCAAGGACCCACCCCAUGGAAAAUAUCUUGGUUUGUUGUUUUUUUUUGUCAUAUAGACUACUUUUUCAUUUUUAAACUGCUCCACAAUUCCAUCUCUGCUGUAAUCCGAAAGCCAAGAAAAAACAUUCCGUUGCCAAAAUUUCACUGCUGUGUUUUUUUGUGCAAUGACAAUAAAGAAAGUCUAAAUCAAGCUGAAGAAGAACUAGGCUACCUUGAUGAAGAAGGGCAUGUAGCUCAGUUUGACGCCUCGACCUUCAGCAACAGCCUUAAGCUCCGUCCUGAGGGCCGCCAAGCGGCUCACGUCCACUUCUUCACAGUAACCAAAAUGAGGAAUCUUGAGAGCCGCCGUCAUAGUCUUCAUCAUGGCUUUGUGGAAGCCUGGAGAGCAAACAGACUCAUGAGCUAUGCUAAGAUUAGCACCUUAGCCUUGGUUUGUCUUUGGGCUGUCAGGUUGACCUUUGAGGGGCUCAGUAACAUCUUUGCCAGUGAAGACAGGUUUGGACGUGGCGGGCUGGGCCUUGAGGGCUGCUGAAGUCCUUGCGGGCCCGGCAGGAGCAAUGGGAGGAGUAGGAGAUGGAGUCUGGAUUUCCUGAAAUGGGGUCGGGGGUAAGAUGGCUCCUGUCUGCUUGGCCAGAAAGUUCAGGAUGUCUUCCUUCAGGAUGCGUCCGUCUCUUCCUGUCCCCACCACUUCACUGAGCUUUAUCUGAGAGGUCAAAAGUCAAACCUAGAACACUCGGAACACUAGGAGAGCACGAGGAAGACUGGGAAGAGACUUGCAUUGUUCUCCAUGGCGAGGCGUCUAACAGCAGGUGUGGCCUGGGUCUUGUGACCUUUGAUCUCCUGGUGGGUGUGUUCCUCUCGAGCCAUGGCAGGCGUCUCCACCACAUCUUCUUCCUGGAUCACGUCUGGACAAGCACAGGUAGUUAUGUGGAGGUCAGAAGCUCUUUUUAUGGACAACGUGAUAUGUUCUGGUCCACACCUGAACUGGACUCGGUCUCAAUGUCCACUAGAGGUUUGCCCACCAGGGCGAUGGCGUCUGUGUCAUAGUAGAGUUUUCGAAUGACGCCAUCGUAACGACUGGUGAUGGUGACAGAAGCCUUGUCACUCUGGACCUCACAGAUGCUGUCAAACUGAGACACUUUGUCUCCCUCCUUGACGUACCUGCAAGCAUGCCCAGUGUGAAUGAGCAACCACAGGAGAGCAAGCAGCAAGCAGCACUAAAGCGCUUCAGGAAGUCGUGUGUUGUGUCACUGUGUAACGUACCACUCCUUCACCGUCACCUCCAUGAUUCCCUCACCAAUGUCCGACAAUUUGAACGGGAUGAUUGGUCCUCGACCCGCUGUAUGACACAACCACAAGUCGUCACUGAAAUCAUCAUCAAUGUGAAAAUGGACCAAGCUUUCGUGCCAUUGUGUCAUUUGUCAACGCAUACUGACCUGCUGACAUGUGUAGCAUCCGGCUCGACAUCUGGAAGCUUCUAUUGCACAUUGGGAACUUCCUGUUGAGUGCGGUGGGAAGAAAGGCGAUACAGGUGUGGCCACGCACAUUGUGGGCGCGUAAACAUUGCUGGCGGUACUGCUGGAUCAGCUGACAGAACAUCACACAGAAUUCGACACUAUUCAUAAGAUGAGUGUAUUUCCACCUUGUCUCAUUCCCACAACAAAGUAGCGCUGUGUUUUAUUUGUAUUGUGAAGUAAUACUGUGCUUGCAUGUCAUUAUAAAGUAAUACAUUUGUUUGAAUUGUUGUUAAGCUUACUGAUGUACAUCAACUCAUUCUACAUCAACUCAUGACUGAACCUCGUUGCCAUGGUAAUGUUUUUUUUUUCAAUUGUGUAAAGUCAUGAGCCAUAACUGAUGUUGACGAGUUAUCAACUGGUGAGCAACUUUCCACUGUGCUAGGCUAACUGCAAGUGCUCAAGGUUCUGGGAAUGGCUCGUUGUUGUGGUGCUAGCCUGUUAGCAUGAGCAUAUCAGAAAAGUGAAUGCAGCUAACGAGUUGUAAUGAGCUGCGGCGUGACGUGGGAGGACGUCACGACGACCGCAUCCAGCAACAUUUGAAGGUUCUAUCAUUUCAAGCAAUUUCUCACCAGUCUGAACACCGCAGAGGAGCCUCUUGUCAUAGCCGCCAUUUUUCUUCCCUGUCGUCACUGCUGCACGCCCCGCCAGCAGCCAAUCAGCUU